GGUAGGAGAGCCGCUGGGAGCCGAUCCAACCUCCCCGCUCCUCUUGCCGGCUGCGCCCCCAAAAAGCACUUUUUCUGCAUUGAAGCAGUCCUGGGGCAAAAAGGGUGUCCUGAGGCGAUGGAAAAGUACGUGGCAUCGAUGGUGCUGAGUGCAGUUGGUGACACGCUGGGCUAUUACAAUGGGAAAUGGGAGUUCCUGCAGAGUGGCCCAGCCAUCCACAAGGAGCUGGCGGAGAUGGGGGGACUCGGCAACCUCAGCAUCCAAGGUUGGAAAGUCAGCGAUGAUACAGUGAUGCACUUGGCCACAGCCGAAGCCCUGGUAGCUGCUGGGAAAAACCCAAAUUUAGAGCAUCUCUAUUCCUUGAUUGCAAAGAACUACAAGGAGUGCAUGAAUGAUAUGAAUGACAGAGCUCCAGGCACCAUGUGUAUGACAAACGCGCUGAAGCUGGAUCCGGGGCGGCCGGACGGCUGGAGGGUCCCGUUCAGCCCCCAGGCGGGAGGCUGCGGGGCCGCCAUGCGCUCCAUGUGCAUCGGGCUGCGUUUCCACCACCCCAUGCAGCUGGACACCCUGGUGCAAGUCAGCAUCGAGAGCGGCCGAAUGACCCACCACCAUCCCACCGGCUACCUGGGGUCCCUGGUUUCGGCUCUCUUCACGGCUUUCGCGGUGAAGGGCGUGCCCCCCCCGGCCUGGGGGAAGGGGCUGCUGGAGGUGCUGCCACGGGCAAAAGCCUACGUGCGGGACACCGGCUUCUUCGUGGAGGAGAACAUGGAGCAAUGGCAUUACUUUGAAGAGCAAUGGGAAAAAUACCUGGUGGAGAGAGGCCUGUCAGACGGGGGCUCACUGCCCAUCUUCCCCCCCCAGUACGGUGUGGAGGAGAGAGACUCGUUCUACGCCUCCCUCAGCUACAAUGGCUGGGGGGGCAGCAGCGGGCACGACGCCCCCAUGAUCGCUUACGACGCGCUGCUGGGCGCGGGGGACUCCUGGACAGAGCUGGCUCACCGGGCUUUCUUCCACGGGGGCGACAGCGACUCCACUGCCGCCAUCGCAGCCUGCUGGUGGGGGGCCAUGCACGGCUUCCGGGGGGUCAGCGCCUCCUUCUACGCCCACCUGGAGUACAGGGACCGCCUGGAGCAGGUGGCCAGGGACUUGUACCACAUCGCCUAGGUGGGGGGCAGCAGGGCCCCCCAGGGGCGUGCUUACCCCACCUGCUGCCCCUCAUUCCCACGAGGUUUUGCAGACUCGGUUUGCAAACCUGCUGGAUUAAAGCACACAAGCGUAAGCCAGGGCCAGGCCUGCUUUUUCUCUGUGCGUGUGUGUGUUGGCUUCAGUGGGGACACCAUUUUGGAGGGAGCAGCCUGGGGCUUGUGGGCAGUGGAAAGCAGUUACGAGGGGGGUUGAUGGGAGCACGCAACAGUGCAUCUGUCCCUCGAGCAGCUGAGCCCUGAGACAUCCCUCCUCGUCAGCAUGGCGGCCACACAUCGUCCUCCAGGGGAGCAGGAGCACCCGCUGCAGCAUGGCUAGCGAUGCUCCAGCAGCAGGACAAGCAGCAAACCCCCCCCCAAGCUGCCCCAAACAAGGGUCCUGCCCACAGGAGCAUGCCAGAGGGGGUCAGGGAUGUGCACCUGGCCACAGGGAGCAUACAUGGGCUGGCAGAGAUGCUUCCCAGCAAACCUGGCCUGGCUAGCCCAUGCUUGCCGCCCUGUGCUGCCGAUGGGGCGUGCUGGGGACACCACCGGCCACCCAGCUCUGAGCAUGUGUAAAGCCAAAAAACUCUGCUCCUUAGCACAGAGAUUAUAGUGGGUACAGCCCAAGACA